UAGAGCAUCUUUGUUGUCUGACAGCAGUAGACCAACAAAGCUCAAUUUAGUGAAAAGCCUCAGACGUUUAUUUGCACAUUUAUGUAACGUUUAUUAUUUAUGCAGAUCAAACAUAUUUUUGUAGAAAGUCGUAAAGUUUAAAGAGUCGUUUUUUGGCAACUUUGUAAAUUUUUAGAUACUUUAAUAUUUAACCAUGUUUUGGUCCGUCAUCUGCGCAACUUUUCUUCUUGCUCCUUUAGUUUGCGAGGCAAGAACCAAGCAAUAUGUCAUCGGCUGUCCAGAUAAAUGUGACACAUUUCUAUGUCCCCCGAUCCCUGCGGACUGUAUGGCCGGCGACAUCCUUGACCAAUGCGACUGCUGUCCGGUCUGUGCGUCCGGAGAAGGUGAGGUAUGCGGCGGCACGGGGAGACUAGGGGACCCGGAGUGCGGAGAGGGCAUGGACUGCUCGAUAUCGGACGGAAUUGGGGUGUCCGCCACAGUAAGGCGUCGGGGCAAAAGUGGUGUGUGCGUCUGCAAAGGUUCGGACCCGGUGUGCGGCAGUGACGGGGUGUCCUACCGAAACAUCUGCGAACUGAAGAGAUUGAGUAACCGGGCUCUGAAGCUUCAGCAGCCACCGGUCAUCUUCAUACAGAGAGGAACCUGUAGCAAAGGCCAGGAGAAUCCAGACAGUCUGCGCCACAGAUAUAACUUCAUUGCUGAUGUGGUGGAGAAGAUCGCUCCCGCUGUGGUUCAUAUUGAACUGUACCGCAAGAUGGUGUUCUCUAAACGUGAGGUGGCAGUGGCCAGCGGCUCUGGCUUCGUGGUGUCGGAGGACGGCUUGAUUGUGACCAACGCCCAUGUGGUGGCCAAUAAGCACCGGGUGAAGGUGGAGCUGAAGAGUGGCGCCACCUUUGACGCCAAGAUCACAGACGUGGACGAGAAGGCAGACAUCGCCCUCAUCAAGAUCGACACCCCGAUGAAGCUGCCGGUGCUGCUGCUGGGGCGUUCAGCUGACCUGAGGCCUGGUGAGUUUGUUGUGGCCAUCGGCAGUCCCUUCUCCCUGCAGAACACGGUCACCACAGGUAUCGUCAGCACCACCCAAAGAGGAGGCAAGGAGCUAGGCCUGAGGAACUCUGAUAUGGAAUACAUCCAGACGGACGCUAUCAUCAACGAAGAUGUAGAUCUACCAUCUGAUCAUCCCUUUAACCUGAAUGCUGUUCCUUUUCAGUAUGGGAACUCUGGCGGACCCCUGGUCAAUCUGGACGGAGAGGUGAUUGGGAUCAACACACUGAAGGUGACUGCAGGAAUCUCCUUCGCCAUCCCCUCAGACAAGAUCCGUCAGUUCUUGGCAGAGUCCCACGACAGACAAUCUAAAGGUACAGAUUACCAAUCUAAAGGUAAAUUAUUACCAAAGAAGAAGUAUAUCGGUGUGAGGAUGAUGACUCUCACUCCAACGCUUGCAAAGGAGCUGAAGGAGAGACAAUCAGACUUCCCUGAUGUUACCUCAGGGGCAUAUGUCAUCGAGGUCAUCCCAAAAACACCAGCUGAGACAGGUGGCCUGCAGGAGAGUGACGUCAUAAUCACCAUCAACAGCCAGCGAAUCACCUCGGCAAGUGACGUCAGCAGCUCCAUCAAGAGGGACGACACGCUGCGGAUGGUGGUCCGGCGGGGGAAUGAGGACAUCAUGCUCACCGUCGUCCCCGAGGACAUUGACCCUUGACCUCUCAGCAACCACGAGCUGGUUCUCAGUGUUUAAAACCACAGACCUAAACUGUGUGUGUGUCUGGAGCCACACCCUACCAUAGAACCUGUAACUACUAGUGCCCCCCC